AGUAGGCUACGAAUAGCUUAAACCUGCAGGGUAACAGAGAUCGAUAUAUUCCUCUCUGGCUGUAGAGCGGGUAAAUUCAUUGACGUAUUUAGUCUCUUUUAAGAACGAUUUACAGAAUACAAAUGUGACUUGAUUGACAAACACGAUAAAUUAGGUCUAGAACGAAGAAAUAUUCAUAAGAUUUGUUUCACAACUGGGUCAAUAGCAAAACAUGGCUGAAAGAGCAGCAAAUAAUGUUAAUGAGGUCGAUAAAGCCCUUCACGAGGCAGCUUCUGAGGGUCAUCUCGAUAUAGUUGAGUACGUCGUUGGUCAAGGAGCACAGAUUGACACGUGUGAUAUUAAAUAUGGUGAGACAUCUCUUCACUGUGCAUCACGCAAUGGUCACCUCGAUGUAGUUCAGUACCUCCUUAGUAAAGGAGCACAGGUAGAGAAGGGUGAUAAUAAUGGUAGGACACCGCUUCUUAAUGCAUCACACGGAGGUCAUCUUGAUGUAGUUCAGUACCUCGUUAGUCAAGGAGCACUGAUAGAUAGUAGUAAUAUAUAUGGUUCGACACCACUUCAUGCUGCAUCACACGGAGGUCAUCUUGAUGUAGUUCGGCACCUAGUUAGUCAAGGAGCACUGAUAGAUAGUAGUAAUAUAUAUGGUGAGACAUCACUUCAUGCUGCAUCACAUGAAGGUCACAUUAAAAUCGUUAAGUACCUCGUUAGUCAAGGAGCUCAGGUAGAGAAGGGUGAUAAUAGAGAUUGGACACCGCUUAUUAAUGCAUCACACGUAGGUCAUCUUGAUGUAGUUCAGUAUCUCGUUAGUCAAGGAGCUCAGGUAAAGAAGGUUAAUUAUAAAGGUUGGACAUCGCUAAUUAAUGCAUCACACGAAGGUCACAUUAACAUCGUUAAGUACCUCGUUAGUCAAGGAGCUCAGGUAGAGAAGGGUAAUAAUACAGGUUGGACAUCGCUUAUUAGUGCAUCACACGGAGGUCACAUUGAAAUCGUUAAGUACCUCGUUAGUCAAGGAGCUCAGGUAGAGAAGGGUAAUUAUAGAGGUUGGACAUCGCUUAUUAGUGCAUCAGACGGAGGUCACAUUGACAUCGUUAGGUACCUCGUUGACCAAGGAGUAAAGGUAGAGAAGGGUGAUAAUAAUGGUUCGACACCACUUCACCACGCAUCACUCAAAGGUCAUCUUGAUGUAGUUAAGUAUCUCGUUAGUCAAGGAGCUCAGGUAAAGAAGGGUAAUUAUAAAGGUUGGACAUCGCUUAUUAGUGCAUCAGACGGAGGUCACAUUGACAUCGUUAGGUACCUCGUUAGUCAAGGAGCUCAGGUAGAGAAGGGUGAUAAUAAUGGUUCGACACCACUUCACCACGCAUCACUCAAAGGUCAUCUUGAUGUAGUUAAGUAUCUCGUUAGUCAAGGAGCACAGGUAGAGAGGGGUGAUAAUAAUGGUAUAACACCACGUCUUAGUGCAUCACAAGGAGGACAUCUUGAUGUAGUUCAGUAUCUCGCGAGUGGACCAGCACGGAGGAAAGAAGCAUCACCUAAAGAGAUCAAGUGA